AUGGGUUAUAUUAGAUCAAUGAAAUUAAAAGAACGUUUAGCAAUUGGAUUAGGUGCAUCAUUAAUAUUAUUUACAUUAUUAUUGGUCGUUGAUCUACAAAUGGAUUUUGGUGUUGCUAAUCGACAUUUAGUACGUACAGCACAUGGAAAAUUUCAAUAUUAUAGUAGUAGUGAGAAAAAUUCAAAUACUCUAGGGGGAAGUGGUGGUGGAGGAGGAGGAGGAGGAGGAGGUGGUGGUACUGGUACUGGUACUGGUGCUGCUGGAGUAUUUAGAGAUUUUAAAAGAAAGUUCCUUCAAAAAAGUAAUUCAUCUGGAUCGAAAGAAGCAUCAACAACUAUAACAACGAAUAAUAAUGGACCUGGUGCAAGACCAAGUCAAAAUAGUCAAAGUAUAGAGACUGAUAAUUUCCCACAUGAUAGUUUUGAGGAUUUGAAUAGAAUAAUAGCUGAUAAAAAUAAUCAAAAAUAUUCACAUGUUAUUGUUACAAAAGAGGAUUAUGAUAAAACAAUAAAUCCAACACUUGGCGAUAUUAUGGAUAUGGUAGCAGGUGAUAAUGCAUCCAAUUUGGAGAAAUUUCAAUUGUCAAUUUCUAAACAAGAAUUAUAUAAAGAAUCGGAUUUAACAAUAAGCGCUGUAUUAAGUGACAUGAUUAAUUUGCCAAUUCAACAUGUUUAUCAAAAAGAUGGUGGAACACAAAUCAAAUUAGUUAUAGAAUAUCCUAAUAAUGUCAAAGCUCUUAUGAAGCCGAUGAGAUUUCCUAGAGAACAAGAAACUUUACCAAAUCAUUUUUACUUUACUGAUUUCGAAAGACAUAACGCUGAGAUAGCAGCCUUUCAUUUAGACAGACUCUUGGGAUUUCGUCGUGCUAUGCCGGUAACAGGGCGUUUAUUAAAUAUAACCACAGAUAUUUACCAAGUUGCAGACGAAGAUUUAUUGAAGACGUUCUUUGUAUCUCCGUCCAGCAAUUUAUGUUUUCACGGUAAAUGUUCAUAUUAUUGCGAUACAUCGCAUGCCAUCUGUGGUAAUCCAGAUACACUAGAAGGAUCAUUUGCAGCAUUUUUACCAGCAUAUGAUCAAGCUCAAAGGAAGGCAUGGAGACAUCCCUGGAGACGAUCCUACCAUAAAAGAAGGAAAGCUCAAUGGGAAACAGAUAAUGAUUAUUGCAACAUGAUACGAGAUAUACCACCUUAUGACGAAGGAAGACGACUUCUUGAUUUAAUGGACAUGUCCGUAUUUGAUUUUCUUACUGGAAAUAUGGACAGACAUCAUUAUGAAACAUUUAAGAUUUUUGGAAAUGAUACAUUUACACUUCAUUUAGAUCAUGGAAGAGGUUUUGGAAAACCAUUUCACGAUGAGAUGACAAUUUUAGCACCUGUUAUACAAUGUUGUUUAAUAAGACAGUCAACUUUAGAAACUCUUUUACAGUUUCAUAAUGGACCUAAACGUUUAUCACAAUUGAUGAGAGAAUCAAUGUCAACUGAUCCAAUUAAUCCUAUAUUAUGGGAUCCUCAUUUAACAGCAUUAGAUCGACGUGUUAAAAUAAUAUUGGAAAUCCUUCGUGAUUGCAUUAAGAAAACACCACCAGAAGAUGCUCAAUCUGAAGACAAUGAAUCGUAGCGAAAAUAAGACAAUAAAGCCCAAAAAAAUUGAUUUUACAUUUAAUACUUAUCAAAAUAUUAAUGAGUUGAAUCAACUAUUAAAAAAUAAAAAACAUAAAAAAAAAAACAAAAAAAAAAACAAACAAAAGAAAUUAUAUAAUAUAAAAAAAAAAUAAAAAUCUCUUCCUAUAUUAAGUAGCAAAUAAGUUAAUUUAAAAGAGAAAAAAGAAAAAUUUAAAAAAAAAGUCUGUUUAAAAAUUGAAAUAACAAAAAUAAUAACAAAUUCUUUUUUUUUUUUUUUUGGUCGUAUGAAUAGUGCAGUUAAGAGCUUCUAACAUUUUUCCAUAUACAUAUAUAUUUACAUAAUAAAUAUAUUUACAUACAUACAUACAUAUAAUGUAUAUAAAGGAAUCGGUAACAUAUCCUCCAAACUUUCUCAUUCAUUAUUUUUAUACAAUAUACUUUAAUAUUCUAAACAUAUUAUACAUACAAACAUACACUCAUACAUACAAUACAAAAAGAAAAUUAAAAAAAAAAAUAUAACAAAGAAUUUUUUAUUAUACACAAGUAAAUUUAAAAAAUAUAUUAAAAACUUAUUCACACAAAUACUUACAAAAACUAUAAUACAGGGUGUUAUGAAAUAACACAUUUUAAUUUGAAAUAUUAUUACGUCAGAUCAAUAUUAGUUUACGUUUCAAAUACCCUGCUGUCACUAAUUAUGCAUCUCAUUCA